GUACUGAUCACUCCUGGCCUCUGCGAAGGAAAGAAGAGGUGGGGGAGGCUGGUUUGGUGGCCUGUACCGAUUUGCAGCAGCUGAUGGCGGCGCCUCUGCUCCCCUCUUCCGUCUCCGUGCUCCUCUCGCUCCACAUCGCGCUGCUGCUGGUCCUCUGCUCCAGCCAGGUAGGAGAUUCCUGCUCCUCAGUGCGGGACUGCGGCACGGGCCUCUACUGCGGCAACUGCCCCGCCGCAGGCAGGACCAAGCUCUCCUGCAUCAGGGACCUAGCCAUCCAGCCCACCUCCAUUGUGAAGGGGCUACCUUUCAACAGGUACUCAUGGCUCGUCACCCACAAUUCCUUUUCCAUCCUCGGGGAGCCGUCGCGCACUGGGGUUGAGAGGGUCACGUUCUACAACCAGGAGGACUCCGUCACCAACCAAUUGAGGAAUGGUGUCAGGGGAUUGAUGCUUGAUAUGUAUGACUUCAACGAUGAUGUAUGGCUCUGCCACUCCCUGCAAGGGCAAUGCUAUAACUUCACUGCUUUCGUACCAGCAGUUGACACACUAAAAGAGGUGGAAGCAUUUCUCUCCGAGAAUCCCACAGAGAUCAUAACAAUAUUUAUUGAGGAUUAUGUUCAUUCACCGAUGGGACUGAGCAAGGUCUUUACUGCUGCUGACUUGAUGAAGUAUUGGUAUCCAAUCUCGGAAAUGCCAACUAGUGGCAAGGACUGGCCAAGUGUCACAGAUAUGGUUGCAAAAAACCGCAGGUUGCUGGUGUUUACUUCUGAUGCUUCAAAGGAGGCUAGUGAAGGAAUAGCUUACCAAUGGAGCUACUUGCUAGAGAAUGAACCUGGAGAUCCAGGGAUUGUGCCUGGUUCUUGUCCAAACAGGAAGGAAUCGCAGCCACUGAACUCAAGGCCGGCAUCUCUAUUUCUGCAAAAUUACUUCCCCACGAUCCCCGUGCAGAACGAAGCAUGUAAAGAGAAUUCUGGGCUACCACAAAUGGCCCAGGCUUGUUAUGCCGCAGCUGGGAAUAGGAUCCCGAACUUCAUAGCUGUGAAUUUCUACAUGCGAAGCGACGGUGGUGGUGUUUUCGAUGUUCAAGACAGAAUCAAUGGCCGCACCUUAUGUGGGUGUGACACCAUUGCUGCUUGCCAGGCUGGAGCACCAAUGGGUGCAUGCAAGGACACGGGGGCACCAAAUCAGACUACAUCGCCCUCUGUAAAUGGAAAUGUCUAUUCAGGAACUAUAGAAUUCAAGACGCAUUCCACUAGUGCUGCUAGCAAUAACAACAUCCGGAGUAGAUCUGUUUUUCUGCUAAGGCUGCAGUUGACUUUGCUGCUCUUUUUCUCUUUCAGGCUCUAGUUUUCAUAUAUCUGGACCUUUUUCCCACCUACUGUAUAGCUGAAAGUAACAUCAGCUUUUGUUGUGAGCUUGCUUUCUCUAUUGGGAUGACGGUUAGUGCCUUGCUAGCUUUAUAAUCUAUAGUUGGGAGGGGGUGUGGAUCAAUGUUAAUGAAAGAAUGGGUAGAGAUCUUCCUCUGUUCUCCGAGGAGGAGUAAUACGGCUACAACCUACAAAGAAACUGAUGAGUGGAAGUUCAUGCUGGUUAUGUGAUUACUAGAU